GGUGAAAAGAAAAGCAAGCUUUGGUGAAGUUCAUGGCGCGAACCCUAACCCUUCACUACCGAGGUCUGGGAGAGGAGGAUUUUGCUCGUCCUACUUGGUCUCGUGGAGGCCUUUUGCGGGGGAGUAGAGAUGCAUCCCAAGGUUGUUUUUGGAGUCGCUUUGCUGUUGGAUCUGGCGACGGUGGUAAUAAUGCUGACGGCCACGGUGGUGGUGGUCAUCAUGGUGGUGGCCGUGGUGGCGGAUGUUGUGGUGGUGGUAGUGGCUGCAUAUGAUUGAAGUAUUUUUGAAUUGCCAGUAUAAAAUCAGGUUAGCAAU